AUGGCAGUGUCACACGAACCCAUCGCCGUCAUCGGCAUGGCAUGCCGUUUCCCAGGAGGCUCAGAUUCACCCUCGAAGCUCUGGGACUUGCUGCGGUCACCGCGCGACCUCUCGAAGCGCAUCCCAGCCGACCGUUUCGACAUAACCGGCUUCUAUCACUCCAAUGGAGCCCAGCAUGGAGUCACCGACGCCUUCGGCGCAUACUUCAUCGAGGAAGACGUGACCCGGUUUGAUAAUACGUUUUUCAAUAUUCAGCCGGCCGAGGCUGAGGCCAUCGACCCGCAGCAGCGCUUGGUCAUGGAGACUGUCUACGACUCGCUGUGCGCUGGAGGCCAAACCAUCGAGAGUCUCCGGGGGUCAAGGACGGCCGUGUACGUCGGCAUGAUGUGCGAUGACUGGCAUCAGAUCCUUAAUCGUGACUGGGAUCUGAUGCCGACAUACGCCGCCACGGGCGAGAGUCGUGCUAUCAUCUCCAACCGCAUCUCCUAUUUCUUCGACUGGCACGGUCCAAGCAUGACCAUCGACACGGCCUGCUCGUCCUCGCUCGUAGCCGUUCACCAGGGCGUGACUGCCCUGCGGAAUGGCGAGUGUCCGAUCGCGGUCGUGGCUGGUGCUAACUUGAUUCUGGCCCCUGGAAUGUUCAUAGCUGAGAGCAACCUCCACAUGCUCUCACCAACGUGCAGCAGCAAGAUGUGGGAUGCUGCCGCUGACGGCUACGCUCGCGGUGAGGGCAUUGCCGCCGUCGUACUGAAGCCACUCAGUGCUGCGCUGAGGGAUGGUGAUCACAUCGACUGCAUAAUCCGCGAAACGGCUGUAAACCAAGACGGUAAGACUGCCGGGUUGACGAUGCCCAGCAAUAUCGCCCAGGCAGACCUCAUCCGUCAGACGUAUGCCCGUGCCGGACUCGACAUCAACAAUCCAAAAGACCGUCCGCAGUUCUUCCAUGCUCACGGAACUGGCACACCCGCCGGUGACCCGCAGGAAGCGGAAGCCAUCUCGCGGACCUUCUUUGGUGGGGAUGAGAAGGCGACGGAUACACUCUAUGUGGGCUCUAUCAAAACUGUUGUCGGACACACCGAGGGUGCUGCUGGUCUUGCCAGCUUGAUCGGCUCUGCUUUGGCCAUGCAGCAUGGCACAAUUCCCCCAAUCUUCAUUUCAAGAAUCUCAGUCCCCGCGUCGCCCCAUUUUAUGCUCAUCUCAAGAUUCCCACCGAGGCUACCCCUUGGCCGAAGACACUUCCAGGCCAACCGCGCCGAGUUAGUGUCAACAGCUUUGGGGCUAACAGAUGCAGGAUUCGGCGGCACCAAUGCACACGCCAUUCUCGAGCAUUUUGAACCGGAAUCAUCAAAAAAGACCGCUGCUGCCUUGCCAGUCUUCACUCCACUUACCAUCUCCGCCGGCUCUUCGUCUAGUCUCCGCGCCAUGUUCGAUGUCCUGAGGACCUACCUGAAGGCGCACCCGGAGACUAAUAUCCGCGAUCUGGCUUACACGCUGCAGACACGCCGGUCAACGCUCCCUUACCGCAAGCCCAUCUUUGCCUCCAACGUCGAGGAGGCCAUCAAACGGAUCGACAGCCUGCUUGCUGAUGAUAACAACAACGCCAAUGACAACGGACUGACUACCCGUUAUUACGACGUGUCCAAGCCCCGUAUUCUCGGUGUCUUCACCGGUCAGGGUGCCCAGUGGCCACGAAUGGGCGCACGAUUGAUUGAGGAGUCCCCAUUUGCUGCCCAGCGCAUUGCAGAGCUCCAGCGAGCCUUGGCUACGCUUCCAGAGGGCGACCGGCCUGACUGGACGAUCUUCUCGCAACUCCUUGCCGAUCCCAAGGACUCCCGGAUAUCCGAGGCAGCCAUAUCUCAGCCGCUAUGCACGGCGGUCCAAAUCGUGCUCGUGGACCUCCUCAGGGCGUCGAACAUCCAGCUACGUGCCGUCGUUGGUCAUUCCUCCGGCGAGAUUGGCGCUGCGUAUGCUGCCGGUUUCCUGUCGGCCACCACUGCCAUCCGCGUUGCCUACUACCGCGGUCUCUAUGCCAAGGUGUCUCGCUCUGGAGUCCCUGGCGCCAUGAUGGCUGUCGGCACUUCGUUCGAGGAUGGUCGGAGGUUCUGCGAGCUCGAACAGUUCGCCGGACGAAUACAGGUGGCAGCGCGCAACUCCCCGGCCAGUAUCACUCUCUCGGGUGACGAGGAUGCUAUUGAAGAGGCCAUCACCAUCUUCCAGAAACAGGGCAAGUUUGCGCGCCGACUACGCGUGGACACCGCGUACCACUCGAACCACAUGCUGGCAUGCGCAGAGCCCUACCUCGCCGGUUUGGCGAGGGCUAGCUAUACUGUGAACGAGGGCAACGGUACCACAUGGUUCUCCAGCGUCGGUGAGGGCGGUCAUAUCAUGACUAAGGACGACAUCCAGAAUCCCCAGUACUGGAUCGACAACACAACAAGCACUGUCCUGUUCGAGCCGGCUGUAUCACAGGCUGCAACCAAGGCUGGACCCUUCGACAUUGCCAUCGAACUCGGUCCCCAUCCGGCGCUCAAGGGUCCAGCCCUCCAGACAAUAGAACAGGCAACCGGGAACCAGAUCCCUUAUACAGGCUUGCUGGCCCGUAACAAGAACGACGUGGAAGAACUAGCCUCAGCGCUUGGCUUCCUCUGGACGGAACUCGGCGCCUCGUCUGUUAACUUUGACAGCUUCGAGAAGCUGAUUUCUGGCGCUGCGCCACGACAGGCCGUGCCAGAUCUCCCUACAUAUCCCUUUGACCAUUCCCGUUCUUUCCGCUCGCUCACUCGCUUCUCCGGGGGCCAUCGACAUGUCCACGCACCGCCGCAUCCGCUCCUGGGACGACGGUUGGUGGAGACAGAGACGAGCGACGAGAUCUCCUGGCGUAACAUCCUGCGGCCAUCGGAGAACAGUUGGCUCCACGGCCACGCAUUGCAGGGUCAGAGCGUCUUCCCUGCCAUGGGCUAUGUUUCCAUGGCCGUGGAAGCCAUCUCCGCGGCUGCAGCUGACCGAAAGCUGGGGCUAGUCACUCUCGAUCACGUCCUCAUCAGCCGUGCUCUCGCCUUCAGCGAUGACAACGCCGGAAUGGAGAGCAAGGUGACGCUGAGCAUCAUUCGCUCCACCGACGACGAGCUUUCUGCCCGCAUUACCUGCCAUUCUGGCCUGCCCUAUAACAGUGCCACGCCGCUGGCUCUCAACUUCAGCGCCACCAUCACCGCCGUCUUCCACGACUCGGAGCCGGACACGCUACCUGCGACUCGCCAUGACGAGAUCAAUCUGGUCAACGUAGACGUGAAGCGCUUGUACUCGCAAUUCACGAAGCUGGGCUACAACUAUAGCUCACCGUUCACGGGCGUGAGGACCGUUCAGCGCAAGAUGGGUUGGGCGACUGGCGAGAUCGAGGACGAGUCUGGCGAUGGCUGGGAGGACAAACUUCUUGUGCAUCCAGGCUGGCUUGAUUCAGCUAUUCAGACCGGCUUUGCGGCGUAUACUCACCCGCACGACAACCGGCUCUUCGCGCUCUGCGUGCCGACGGCCAUUCGCUCCAUUGCCAUCAACCCGUACUUCUUCAGCACGAGCGUCACCCGGGACCGCAUUCUGCAGUACCAGACGUCCUCUCGCGAGGCCGGCCAGGGCCAGAUGCUGAUCGAUAUCGACAUCUUCACUGGCGGUGCGGCCCAGACGCAUCCCUUCGUGCAGUUCGAGUCGAUUGAGGUGCGGCCCUUCGCGGCACCGACGCCGCGUGACGAUGCCGUUCUGUACACACGUUGUCACUACCGUCUGGCAAGUCCCGAUGCACAUAUGGCCGCAGAUGGCAGUGAGCUAUCGCCCGAGAACACCGUGGCGCUCCUGGCGGUUGAGCGCGUGGGCUUCUUCUAUCUGCGCCGUCUGCGCGAGACCAUCACGCAGCAGGAGAAGGCAGAAGCCCUGCCCAACUAUCAAAAUCUGCUAGACUUUGCUACUCGGACGGUCGAAGCCGUGUCUCAAGGGAAGCAUGCUCAUGUACCGUGCGAGGCGUUAAAGGACUCACCAUCCUUCAUCCGCUCACUCAUCACCAAGCACCAUCACUGGGACUACAUGCGGCUGCUGGAGGCCGCAGGCGACCACCUGGCGGACAGCAUCCGAAGCGGCGGAAGCAUCCUGGAACAUCUAUCCAAGGACGAACUGCUGAACCGGUUCUACCAGGAGCUAACCGCACUGCCCGGACAGGAGAGUGUCAAUGCUUGGUAUGCCCGCGUCGUCGCCCAGAUCACCUACCGCUUCCCACACACGCACAUCCUCGAGAUCGGAGCCGGUACAGGCGCUGGCUCGACGACGUCAAUCCUGCCGGCGCUAGGGGACGCCUUCUCGACGUACACGUACACGGACAUCUCUGCGGAGUCCCUCGAGAGCGCUCAGGACCGCUUCCGUGACUUUGCCGACGAUCGCCUGGUGUUCGCCAUGUACGAUAUCGAUCAGCCACCGGCGGGACAGGGACUCGAGGAAGGCUCGUAUGAUAUUGUACUGCUGUCAAAUGUCCUGCAUUCCUCGCGCAACAUGGACGAGGCACUGGCCAACGCGAGGAAGCUCCUACGGCCUGGCGGUUACCUGGUCGUGCUGGAUAUCAACACCAACGACUCGCUGAGUCUGGGCAUUGUUCUCGGUGGUCUUCCUGGAUGGUGGACCAGUAGCAAUGGACCGUCUCUAUCACUGGAUCAGUGGGAUGCUUUGGCACGUCGGCAUGGCUUUGGUGGCAUCGACUCGCAUACCCCCUUCGGCGACAACAUGUUUCCAUGGUUCUCUGUCUUCGUCAGCCAGGCCGUCGAUGACCGUAUCAGCUCUCUGCGCGCUCCUCUCGCCGUUCCUACUCCGAACCGGAGCACAAAUGAACUCGUCAUCGUUGGCGGGCGCACAGCCACUGUUUCCCGACUGGCGGAGGGUGCCAGCGCUCUCCUUGGCCCGCGUUAUGCCGGCGUCACCAGGCUCGAGUCUCUCGAGGAGCUCAACCAGCGUGGCCUGGCUCCGCGAAGCGCGGUCCUCUCACUGACAGAGCUGGAUGAGCAGUUCUUCGAGAUCCGCACCGCGUCCAAGAUCGACGCUCUCAAGACGCUCUGGCAGAACGGCAGCAAUAUUCUCUGGGUGACACGCGCAGCGAGAGACGAACGCCCUUUCUCAUCCAUCAUGCUUGGAGUGACCCGAGUUGUCCGCCAUGAGUAUCCUGCUAUGAACGUGCAGCUGCUCGACUUCGACAACGCCACGGAACCCACGCCGCAGCUGGUAGCUGACGCCCUGGUGCGUCUCGAGCUGGGCGCGCAGUUCAAGAAGGAGGACGCCAAUAUACUCUGGACGGUUGAGCCUGAGUACUAUUAUGUCAACGGCCGUCUCCUCCUACCGCGAUUGCUUCCGGACACGGGGGCGAACAAGCGGUAUAACACCUAUCGCCGCCCUGUGUAUGAUGAGUUCGAUCCUUCCAAAAGAACGAUUGUUCUCGAGCCUGCGGCAGAUGGAAGAACCUUCGAGCUGGCGACUGUGUCGCCGCUGCGUGUGCUGCCAGCCCGUCGACCGACAGAGAAGAUGAAGACAGUCACUCUCCAAGUCGAGCAAUCACUGUUACAGGCGAUCAAAGUCUGCGAAAGCGGAUACUUCACCCUGUCUGCGGGCAUCGAUGCUGAGACAGGCCAACAGCUCGUCGUACUGGCCGAUACCGCUGUCGAAUCCCAGCUGCGCGUGCCCUCUGAAUGGACGGUGCAGCUCAAAGACAAGAGCAACAACAUCAACAGCUUGCUUGUCGCUCUUGCGGCGCAUCUUCUCGCGCAGACUAUCCUCGCUACCGCGCCGCGCUCUGGCACUGUGGUAGUGCAUGAAGCCGACGAGACUCUUAAGGACACCCUGGACAGACAAGCGGCCGUAGAAGGCGUGCGAGUUGUCUUCACGACAGCGAAGAAGAACAAGACGGCGUCACCAUACGUCUUCGUCCACGAGAAGCUCCCUGUACGCAUGGUGCGGAAACUCUUGCCGCGCGAUGUCUCGCUCCUAGUCGACUUGUUCCCCGAGUCCGCCUGUUCUGACCUCAUUGCUCGAUCUCUCUCGCUGCAUACGGCCAGAGUCACGGCAGGGGACCUCCUGCGUAUGCAGCCCGGCUUGUCUCCCAGUGCCGAUGACAAUGUGGACCAGAUCGGCCAGACGCUCAGGACAGCUUUCCGGGCAGUGACGAACCGAGCACGGCUGGCGUCGUCGCCAAAACACGAACAGGUCCCCCUGUUGCCUCUCCAGGACGUCCCCGGUUCCCCCGUGAUGCACUCCAAGCUCAGCGUUGUCGACUGGACCACUUCGUCGUCAGUGCGAGCUCUUGUGCGACCCAUCGACCACGGUAACAUCUUCCGUGCAGACGGUACCUACCUCCUCGUCGGCCUGGCAGGCGAGCUGGGUCAGUCGCUGUGCGCGUGGAUGGUGGCUCAUGGAGCACGCAACGUCGUCCUUGCCAGUCGUCGACCCAAGGUCUCCCAGCGGUUCAUCGACCUGGGAGCAGCCGAGGGAGCAACGAUCAAAGUGGUUUCAAUGGACGUGACACGCCGCGAGUCGCUGCGCGCGGCCCUGAAUGAAAUACGCGCUGAGCUGCCGCCCAUCAUCGGCGUCGCUAACGGCGCCAUGCUGAUCGACGACGCGCUGUUCGAUGAUAUCAGCUUCGCGUCGCUGCAGCGGACCGUCCCGCCCAAGAUCGAGGGCACCAUCAACCUGGAUGAGUUCUUCUACGAUGCGCCGCUCGACUUCUUCAUCGUCCUCACGUCGCUGGCUAAUGUCGUCGGCAACACAGGCCAGUCGGUCUACGUCAUGGCCAACCAGUUCAUGACGGCGCUGACGGCCCAAAGGCGCGAUGUGCGCGGCGUCGCUGGCUCUAGCAUGGCAAUCAGCUCCAUCCUCGGCCUGGGUUACUUCGAACACGCCAACCUGGACAAGGACUACUUCGAGCGCAGGGGCUACCGUGAUGUCUCCGAGAGGGACUUCCAUGGGCUAUUCGCUGAAGCCGUGCUCGCUGGUCGACCUGGCCAGAAAGGGCACCGCGGAGCACGACUGCUGCUCGACAAUCCCUGCUUCCGCCAUCUCCUGGUGCACGAUACCGUUGUUCAUGGCGGCAGCGGUAGCGGCAAGACGGAGCGUCCACGGGCACGUCUUGCGACAGUCAAGUCCCGCGAUGAGGCGCUGGCCAUCGUCCGAGAGGCCUUCAGCGACCGGUUGAGGCGCAUCCUCAGUAUCCCCGAGGGCGAGAUCGUGAAUGAGAAGGUAACGCUGGUUGAACAGGGCGUGGAUUCCAUCAUGGCGGUCGACGUCCGUACCUGGUUCCUGCAGGAAUUUGAUGUCGACCUCCCUGUUCUCAAGAUCCUGGGCGCCGGGUCGACGGUGGACUCGCUGCUUGAGGAUGCGAUGGACAAUAUGCCUCCUGAGAUCCUUGACUUGGAGAAACUGGACGGUGGAGAGGCUGCUCCAGCCGCUACUCGUGCUUCUCCUUCUACUGUUUCUCCUCCUGUUGUUGUUGUUGCUGCUGCUGCACCUUCUUCCCCAACUACGAAACCGUCCACAAAGAUAGUAACCAGUUCUGAGAGCACAGAUACAUCGACGACGCAGUCUCCACCGUACACGCCCAUUGAGACGCCUCUGGAGACGCCUCUGGAGACGCCUCUCGACAUUACUGGGGACAUAAAGCAGCCCAUCUGGGCAUUAGAUAGACUUCCCGAAGAAGCAAGGCGCAAGACAAUCGUCGAUUCGGCCACCGAGCUCACCUUGCCCAUGACAUACGGACAGAGGCGCUUCUGGUUCCUUAGCCACUACAUCGCCGACCGCACGACGUUCAACAUGGCCUACCAAGUCAAGCUCGAGGGCCGCAUCCGCAUCGACGUCCUCUCCAAGGCUGUCGAGUCGGCGGCGCAGAGACACGAGGCUCUACGCACACGCUUCUUCUGGUCCAACGAUGACAACAAAACGCCCAUGCAAGGCAUUCUGUCCAAGACUCUCGUUCGUCUAGAGACAGCCACCGUCACGUCCGAGGCAGAGGCCGCAGAGGAGCUCGUCGCGAUGCGCAACCAUGAGUGGGAUCUCGGCGACUGGGUGCAGCUACGCGUGAAACUGCUCUCCCUCUCCGACACGGUGCAUUACCUGCUCAUGGGGGCACAUCACAUCUCCAUGGACGGCCACAGCGUGAGCCUUCUGAUGAUCGACGUUGACCGGGCGUACCGCAGCUCCGGUCAAACGCUACCACCGCUGCCUGAUGCCUCUCAGGCCCGCGCCUUUGGCGAGCAACAGCUCCUUGCGUACAAGGCUGGCAAGCUCCAGCCGGCCAUUGAUUACUUCCGUCGCAGCUUACAGUCUAUCGAUCUCACUCGCCCCGUCGAGCUGCUCCCCUCUGCUCGCUCACAGGUGCGCCUGCCGCUCGAGACCUACAAUUUCAAUGUGGCCCGGAUACGUCUUGAACCCCAGACGGCUGCACAGUUGAAGCACCUCGCACGUAGCCACCGAGCCACCUCGUUCCACGGCUACCUUGCGGCCCUGCAGGCUCUCUUGUUCCGCCUGCUGCCGGCCGAGACGACGGAUAAGCUGGUCAUCGGUAUCGCGGACGCCAAUCGGCUAGACAGCAAGUUCAUGGGCAGUCUUGGAAACUUCCUCAACGUGCUUCCCUUGCUGUUCAACCGUAAUCCCGACGGCCAGACCGGCCAAACGUUCGGACAGGCCGUCGAGGAGGUCCGAAAGAAGGUAUACGGUGCUCUCGAGCAUUCGGCUCUGCCGUUUGACCUGCUGUUGGACGAGCUCGCUGUGCCGCGCUCCAACGCAUAUCCGCCCGUGUUCCAGAUCCUCAUGGACUACAAGCUCGUCACGAGAGAGCAGUCGGACAUGAGCUGCGCCGGAUGCCAGAUGAGCGAUCAGCGGUCGCUUCCGGCCAAGGGCCCGUAUGAUAUCGUGCUGGAGAUCAUUGAGGAUCGUGAAAGCGCGCUGGUGGUUGUCCAUGCGCAGGAGGCUCUGUACAGCAAGGAGGCGACAGAUCUGUUCCUCAGGAGCUACGUCAAUGUCCUGAAACAGGUCGUCAAGCCUCGCGGGGACGAGGUGAAAGUGGAUGAACUGGAGAAGUGGGACGAGACCGAUGUGAAGAAGGCGUUGGAACUCGGCAAGGGUACUGACCUGCUGCUCGAAUGGCCCGCCACCGUCGCUCACCGCAUCGACGAGGUCAUAGCCGAGCACCCCGACAAUCUCGCCGUGAAAGACGACUUUGGUCGUGUUUGGACCUACGCGGCUCUGGACGAGCGGGUCGAGAGUAUUACACGCACUCUCCGUGCGAAGCUGCCUGAUCAAAGCCGCGAACAGUCUGUUGUUGGCGUGUUCCAGACGCCAUCCGCUGAGUGGAUUGCCUCCCUGAUUGCUAUCUUUCGUGUUGGCGCCAUCUACCUUCCAUUGGAUCUCAAAGUCUCCGUCGCGCGCCUGAAGAGCUACGUGGACGCCGCACGGCCGGCUGCCAUCCUGGCCGACAGUGAGACCAUGGGACACACUGAAGAGAUCGGAGUUGGGCCUGAGGAUGCCGUCGCUGUCAUCAAUGUGUCUGAUCUCCCUGCCACCGUGGAAGGGAGCAAGGAGAGAAUUGCAACGGCUGCCCAGCACGACCGCCCGGCAUACAUCAUCUUUACCAGUGGUUCAACGGGCCAGCCCAAGGGUAUCGUCGUCAAGCAUGCCAGCUUCCGUGCCAUGGCGGAGGGCUUUGUCCGCGAGUGGGAUAUCACCACCCUCGGCCGCGUUGUGCUCCAGCAGUUCCCCUUCACCUCUGACGGCUCGUUGAAACAAAUCCUCUCCGCCAUCACCACCGGCGGCUGCCUUGUGGUUGCCCCUGCUGAUGCCCGAGGCGACCCUACGGAGUUGACACGACUCAUGGCCAAGCACGACGUGACGUUUACUGUCGCGACGCCUUCCGAGUACAGCAUGUGGUUGCGAUUCGCACCCGAUGGUCUUCGCCGCUGCACGGCCUGGACCAGUGCCUGGUUUGGGGGUGAACGUUCUCCCCAGAGCCUUCUGGACUCGUUCCGGAACCUGAAUCAGGCCCUGCCGAACCUGCGCUUCUUCACGACGUACGGGCCCACUGAGGCGACUAUCUCCACCAUGAAGGGCCUGGCCGAUGUCCGCGAUCCGAACCUGACUGUCCCCGUUCCCGGUCGAAUCCUGCCCAACUACGCCGUGUACAUUGUUGACGAUGACUCCCGGCCUGCGCCGAUCGGUGUGCCGGGCGAGAUUGUCAUCGGCGGAGCCGGUGUCGGCAACAAUGAAUAUCUCAAUCGGCCGGAUCUGACGGCGAAGCAGUUCCCUGUGGAUCCAUUCGCACCCGAUGACAAGAAAGCCACUGGUUUCGGCCGCAUGUACCGCACCGGCGACUAUGGGCGACUCAACGCCCAUGGCAUGCUUACCGUUGAGGGUCGUGUCGCCGGCGAUGCCCAGGUCAAGGUCCGUGGGUUCCGCGUCGAACUGGCCGAGAUUGAAGGCGUCAUCAUCAGAGAGGCCGCUGGAGCGCUGGCCCACGCCGUCGUGACACUGCGUGCCGGCGAAGGCGACCAUGAUGAGGAGUUCCUCGUUGCCCAUGUGGUCAUUGACAACAACAACAAAGAGCGGACCGAGGCACCGACUGCCAAGAUAGUAGAACAGCUUCGCGCUCGCCUGUCUGUCUCCCUCCCUCAAUACAUGGUCCCGGCCGUCAUCGUGCCUAUCGAUGAGGUGCCCCUGACGGCCAAUGGCAAGAUUGACCGGAAGGCUAUGCAGGCAUUCCCGCUCCCUGAGAUCAAAACAUCCCUCGCCGAGCAACAAGAGCAACAACAGAAGAGCUUCACGCCCACCGAGCGCCUCCUUGCUGACCUCUGGGCCGAUGUCCUCCCGGCUCACUCGUUGACAACUCAACCACUGACGCUUCUGACCGACUUCUUCCGGGCUGGCGGCAACUCGCUACUGCUGGUCAAGUUGCAGGCUGCCAUCAAGCACGCGUUUGGUGACGCACCACGCCUGAACAAGCUCAUGAGCACGCCCGAGCUCGGCAAUAUGGCGAUGCUGCUCGAGAGCGAAGGGACUGCGCCGGAUUGGGAUACGGAAAUCGCUCUGGACUUUCCAGACCAAGUCCCCACGCAACAAAUGAGAGCUCCAACGAGCAGCAGUACCGGUCUCCAUGUCCUCGUCACCGGCGCUACUGGAUCUCUGGGCAAGCGCAUCAUCCCUCAUCUAGCAGCUAGUGAAUGCGUGGCGCAGAUCGUGGUUCUGGCACGGCCAGCUGAGGGCCGGGAUCUGACCAACUUGUUCCCCGGUCUGGAGAGCAAGGUGCGCGUCGUACAGACCGUUCUUCCAUCCCUCCGUACAGACAACGACCUAUCUGAUAUCGACGUCAUCCUACAUUGCGCCGCGGACCGCAACUUCUGGGACAGCUACGGCGCUCUCAAGCCUGUCAACGUGAACGCUGCCAAGGCACUCGCGAAGCUGGCCCUCCGCACUGGCGCCACGCUGCACGUUCUCAGCUCCGGUGCCCUCGCGAACUACGAGACUGACGGCGACAACAAGGAUCUCCCACGGCCAGACCCGGCCCACGGCUAUGUCUCGUCCAAGUGGGUGGUUGAGCGGUACCUAGCUGCUGCUGCACGCCGAGCCGGUCUACAGGUGACGGCACAUCGGCCCACGAAGGCUGCAUCUGCUGCAGCAGAUGAUGUCCCAACGGACAAACUGACGGAGACCGAGGACGCCCUGGUCCGGAGCUUCCUCCUCCUCUCGCCGCGCCUUGGCGUGCGGCCUGACUUUGCCCAUCUAGGCGGCACGUUCCACAUAGCGCCGCUCGAGGACGUGGCGUCUGCUAUUGCUUCUGCCGUUAUCGCAGGUCAAAAUGAAACUGAAUCUGAAGAAAAGGCUAUGCGCGUCAUCAACUACCCCGGCACGGCGACCGUGAGGGCCGAUAUGGCGGCGGCAUAUUUGGAGGAGCUGUUCCGUCAACCGGAGAACAAGGCUGUGCAGGAGCUGCCAUCUGUGCCCGUGUUGCACUGGGUUGGCAUGGCGAAGCGCGCGGGACUGUUUGAGUGGUUCUUUACAUCUCAGGAAUUGGUGGUGAUUGAUGAUGAGGGACGGAGGGUUGUUUCGAGGCGGUGA